GUGCGGACCCUCCAGCUGACUGUACAACCCGCUCGAGAAAAACGAAGAAGAAGAAUCAGAACGAGAGGCCGCCGUAGAAGAAGAAAAGACGCGCAGUAGGAAGUGUUCCCCCCACGUGAUGCUGUUCACUUCUUUAUUCAUUCUCAAAACCACAACUUUAGCUCACGCCUUAGCUUUCCGUCACAAAUAAACCAAAGACGAAAACUACCGUUUCCACCUGCACGCGAGCGAGCUAGCUAACGUAGAAGUUGCGCCAGAGUUGUUGAGGAAAGAUCAUCCUCUGCACACACGUUGACCGCGUUCGUCGAUUCUUAAUGAAAAGUGCUGUGGAUACGAGCAUGAUAAAGGAAAACCGGUGGAACGUCCCCCCUAAUGCGCCAGCGUGCAUGGAGAAGCAUCUGAGCUCGGCGCAGUAUAGAGCAGAUGGUACUUUGCUGCUCGGUGCCUCCAGCCUUAGUGGCAGGAGCUGGCAGGGGUCCGUUUGGAUCUACAGUGACCCCAAGCAGGCCCCCAACGAGGAUCUCUGCAAAGCUGGUGUGCAGACUGAGACCGGAGUCACCGAUGCCAAAUGGGUAUCAGAAAAGGGUAUUCUCAUCGGAUCAGACUCUGGUGCUUUGGAGCUCUGGGAACUGGCAGAGGAUGAACGUCUGCUGGUAAACCGCUUUACCAAACUUGAGCAUGACCACAUUGUCACCACAGUUAGCCCACAAGCUGGAGCCAGCGGUGCCGUCACUGGCAGCAUGGACUGUCGAAUUAAGGUCUGGGAUCUCAGUCAGGAGACUGCCGUCACUACCUACCAUGCGCACACACAGCCUGUCAGCUGUGUUGCUUGCAGUCCUACAGAUGAGUCUCUCUUCAUUUCCUGUGGUCAAGAUGGCCGUGUGCUGAUGUGGGACAAGAGGAAGCCAAACAAACCUGCCUCAAGAAUAGAGGUAGAGUCCCCCAGCUGCUCCCCUACCACUGUAACCUGGCACCCCCACCACAGAAGCACCAUUGCUUUUGGGGAUGAGUUGGGCAGAGUGACUGUGAAGGAUUUCCUGGGAACAGAGCCGGCCCAGAGGGAGAAGGUGCACAGCCGUAGAGUCAAUAGUCUCGCCUUCUCUACACACAGUGCCCCCUUGCUCGCCUCCAUAAGUGAUGAUUGUUCAGUUGUUGUUUUGAACUCUAAACUGCGAGAAACGUUCAGAGAUAGGCGUCACGAGGACUUUGUCAAAAGUGUGUGUUGGCUUCAUGGUGGAUCCAACACUCUCACAAGCGUAGGCUGGGACCACCUUGUGCUUCACCACACUGUCAAUCCAGCGGCUGAAGAUCCCAACUCCUCCUCUUAGACCUAAAGAUGAUCACACACCUCGGAAAGAGCACAUUUUAAGAUGACUCCUUUCCACCCUAUUUUUGAGGGGCCUCCAUGAUAUUCAAAAUGUUAACUCUGUCAGUGAGGAAGUAUGGAAUACAAGUGCUUUAGUAUUCUACAUAUGUGCAAGAUAUUCAGUGAUUUGCUCUCCCAUUCCUGGCUGCAUUUCAUUUCGACAACACGCGAUAAUUACCCUCUUUCUAUUCACUUCCUUCAUUCUGUAUAGCAUUUCCUUGUCUAAAUAUGCGUACGGCAACCCAUUUGUACGGCAUCAUUUUACAUUAAAGGUAACUUCAUGUUGAUAGA